AUGGUUGGCCUGCCGGCCAGAGGAAAGAGCCUCAUAGCCGGGAAAGCCAUGCGAUAUCUGGGCUGGGUUGGCAUUCCAGCGCGUGUAUUCAAUGUGGGCACCUAUCGCCGUCAAGGCACCCCCCAGCCAACAGCCACUUUCUUUGAUCCUCGGAACUCGGAGGGAGAAAAGAUGCGACGGGCAGCCGCUGAAGCUGCGGUGACGGAUAUGCUCAAGUGGUUUGAGUCAGGGAAAGGCGUUGUGGCCAUUCUCGAUGCAACGAACUCCACGCGGGAGAGACGUCGCUGGAUCUAUGAAUGCUGCCACAAUGCCAAUAUCGAGACAUUAUUUGUGGAAUCGAUAUGCGACGAUGAAGAUCUAAUCAUGAACAAUAUCCUCGAAGUCAAGACCACCUCGCCAGACUAUAAGGGGCAGGACCCUGAAGUUGCGGCUCUGGAUUUCCGCAAUCGAAUCCGCAAUUACGAAAAAGUUUAUGAAACCAUCGAUGACAAUGAAAAACAUUACACCUACGUCAAGCUGAUUAAUGUUGGUUCUACCGUAAUUAUCAACCAGAUCAAAGACUACCUGUCCAGUCGGCUUGUCUACUACAUUCAGAAUCUCCAUAUCAAACCGCGUUCCAUCUGGCUUUCUAGGCACGGAGAAUCGGAAUAUAACCUAACGGGGAAGAUUGGUGGGGACUCGAAUAUCUCCCAGCGUGGAGAAGCAUACGCCCGAGCCCUCCCUGGUCUUCUCAAAAAGUCUGGCGUCCCGCCAAACACAAAGAUUGUGAUCUGGACUUCGACCCUGAAACGGACAAUUCAAACUGCGCGCCAUCUUGCGGCUGAAACCAGCUACGAGAAAUUGGAGUGGAAGGCUCUUGAUGAACUCGACUCCGGGGUUUGUGACGGCCUUACCUACGAGGAAAUCGCAGAAAGAUACCCCGAAGACUUUGCAGCGCGCGACGAAGACAAAUACAACUACCGUUAUCGGGGUGGGGAGUCUUACCGCGAUGUUGUCAUCCGCCUUGAGCCUAUUAUCAUGGAACUGGAACGCAGCGAAAACAUCAUCAUCGUUACUCACCAGGCCGUUCUGCGCUGCAUCUACUCAUACUUCCUCAACGUGCCUCAGGAACAGAGUCCGUGGAUGGAGGUUCCUCUCCACACGCUCAUCAAGCUGACUCCUCGCGCAUACGGCACCGAGGAGCAGCGUUUCAAGGCUGACAUCCCUGCCGUAUCCACAUGGCGCGCCAAAGGAACUUCCGCAAAACACCAAGACUUUCCCACAGAGCUGAAAUUUGAUAGUGGGAGCAACGCUAUGUUAUCUGCGUUUACGGCUCGCCCGCUUGUCGAGCUCAAGCCGCGAGACAAGUCGCGGAUCGAAUCCGUGCUUGCCUAUGGCGAUCGCUUAUUGGUGGGGUUGAAUAAUGGGAGUUUGAGGAUUUAUCGGGUGAAUGAGGUAGGGGUUGGGGUUGGGGUUGAGCUUGGGCGGGAGUCGCAGCCGCAGCCGCAGCCGCAGCAGGAAGGGGUUGGGGCUCGAGUCAUGGAGAAUGGACAUGGGGACGGACAUGGGAAUAAUGCAAGUGACGGGAACGGGAAUGGAGAUACGACGAACACGACGACGAAUAAUGCCGCUACCAACGCGAAAGUGAAACAGACGGAUCUACUACGCGAGAUGGAAAAGUUUUCCCGGUACAAGAUCGAGCAGCUUGCUCUGAUCAAGGAAGCGAAGCUACUUGUUUCUCUGUCCGGUGGAUACGUCUGCAUCCACGACCUCCAGACCUAUAAGCUGCAGGAACAGCUCACGCGGACCAAAGGCGCGACGGCCUUUGCAGUGACGUCGAAUAUCGUGAAUGACCCCGAGACGGGCGUUCCGUCGAUCGUGUCGCGGCUGGCGGUUGCGGUGAAGAGGAAGAUCCUGCUGUGGUCGUGGCGCGAUAUGGAGGUGGAGGAUGACACGACGGAAAUGACGCUGGUGAGUGGGAUAAAGACGCUCACGUGGGUUUCGGGAACGAGGCUCGUCGCCGGGCUGGGGUCGAACUUUGUGCUGGUGGAUAUUGAGACGGCGGCGGUGACGGAUCUGGUCGGCCCCGGGAGUAUCGGGGGACUACCGGGGCAGGAGACUGGUGGUGGUCGGCUUGCCGGCGUUGGUGUCGCCAGUAUGAGUUAUAUUGGCAUUGGAGGGGCAGCGCCGAAACCGUUAGCCACCAGGCUCAGUGAAGGCCAUGUGUUGCUGGCCAAGGAUAUCAAUACGCAGUUCAUGGAUACCAAGGGGAACCCGCUGGGGAGGAGGCAGAUCCCGUGGAGCCACGCGCCUGUGGAUAUCGGGUACUCGUAUCCGUUUCUCCUGGCACUCCAUGAUUCGUCGAAGGGGAUGCUAGAAGUGCGGAAUCCCGAGACGUUGUCGUUGCUGCAGUCCGUUUCGUUGCCGUCCGCGAAUACGAUGCAUAUUGCCCAGCCUACGAUUAGCUUAGCGCAUGCUGGGAAGGGGUUUCUGGUCGCGAGUGAUCGGACCAUUUGGAGGAUGGAAGCUUUGGGUUAUGACACACAGAUUGAUUCUCUCGUGGAGAAAGGCUAUCUGGACGAGGCGAUCAGUCUUGCGGGUAUGCUUGAAGAUGCGCUGCUGAAGGACAAGGAAGGUCGGAUACGGGAGAUCAAACUGGAAAAGGCACAGGGUCUUUUUAGUCUCCGGAGGUACCUGGAGUCGCUGGAACUAUUUACUGAGGUGUCUGCACCCCCAGAGGUGGUAAUCCGGCUUUACCCUAGGAUUAUUGCGGGAGAUCUCACGUCUAUCAUCGAGGAGCCGCCCGAGGAGUCGGAGGGGAGUACCACAGAUAGCCAACCAAAGCUUCAGGAUAGCCAGACCCCGGCCGAUGGGAUGCAGACAGAAGAGGCUGCUCCCGUCAAAACCCUGACCCAUACUCCGUCCGUGAUGUCUUUCCUGCGGACAAGGGUGGAAGAUGGAAAUGGCAGCGACGCGGGGAGUAUCCGAGGGAAACCUGCAGAAGACCCGCGGCCUGAAAAGCCGCUCACCGGGAAGGACCUUAAACUUGCUGUUCGUGAGCUACAGGCCUACCUGGCUGAUGUCCGGCGGCGCUUCCAGCGGUUUUUGAACCCGGACGGCUCUCUCAAGGCCAUGGAUUCGCCAAUGAACGCAGCUAAAGACGAGUUCACCGACUCGGUCCGGAAGUUGCUCGACGUGAGUAAGGACGAGCGCGACUACGAUUUCGGCGAGAAGCUCCGCGAAAAGGCCAAACUCGUCGAUACCACCCUGUUCAGAGUAUACAUGUAUGCCACGCCUUCUCUUGCCGGUUCCCUCUUCCGUAUCGCCAACUUCUGCGAUCCAGAAGUCGUGAUGGAAAAGCUGGACGAAACCGGUCGUCACAACGAUCUGAUCGACUUCCUAUACGGCAAGAAAAUGCACCGCCCGGCCCUCGAGCUUCUAAAGAAAUUCGGACAAGCCGAAUCGGAAGAAGAAACCGCGCCGCAGCUGCACGGCCCCAAGAGAAUGGUCGGGUAUCUGCAACACCUUCCCCCGGACCAAAUUGAUCUGAUCCUGGAGUUCGCUGCGUGGCCGGUCCGAGCGGACCCGGAAUUGGGCAUGGAGAUUUUCCUCGCGGAUACUGAGAACGCGGAGACCCUUCCGCGACACCGGGUUCUCGAGUUUCUCCAGAAGCUCGAUGUCAAACUCGCCGUGCGCUAUCUCGACCAUGUUAUCGGCGAAUUGAAUGACCUGACGCCGGAUCUGCAUCAGCGGCUUCUCACGCUUUAUCUGGAUCGGUUGCAGAAGCAUAGCCGGAACAAGGCUGAGUUUUCUAGUGUGGAGGAAUCCGAGGAGUGGCGUGAUAAGUUUAUCGAUAUGCUGCGGACGAGUGCUCAGUAUUCUCCCUCUAAGAUACUGGAUCGGCUUGAUCGAGAUGAUCCUGAGUUUUUCGAAGCCCGGGCGAUUCUCUUUAGCAAAAUGGGCCAACAUCGGCAAGCACUGGAAAUUUACGUUUUCAAGUUGGAGGAUUAUGCAAAGGCAGAAGAAUACUGUAACCACCUUCACAGGACAGAGGACCUGACAACCGUAGAUGAACCCGCGUCUCAAUAUUCCACUCUUCUUCCGUCAGAUGAACAGCCAUCGAUUUACUUGACAUUGCUGGCGCUCUAUCUCUCCCCACCACACGGGUACCAACCGCAAUACGGACCGGCCCUUGAGAUUCUGGCCAAACAUGGAUCUCGAUUGCCUGCGAAUUCUGCCUUGGAGCUCAUCCCCGAGACGCUGCCGGUGAAAGAACUGGAGUUUUACUUCAAGGGCCGAAUGCGGGCCGCUGCGUCGAUUUUGAACGAGUCGAGGAUUGUCACAAGUCUUCUGAAGGUGCAGAAUCUCAAAGCUCGGGCGCAGCUGCUGGUCGGCGAAGGGACGGACGGGAGAUCUUCCAGGUCGAGACAUGUUACGGUGACGGAAGAGCGAGUGUGCAGUGUCUGUCACAAGCGAAUUGGCGGGAGUGUGAUUAACGUAUUCCCUGAGUGCCUUCUUCUUCUUCUUCUUCUUCCUCCAAUGUUGCGUUCCCCAGUUUCACCAGACCGCGUCCCUCCUCCUCAUCGUCCCUCCCUUGAUGGCGAUUUGGACCGACCAGGCUCCUCUGGAAGUGAUGCCUCGUCCGUAUUAUCAAAUGUGACCGCCAUCUCUGCAAUCCAGGCCACCACCACCGCUUACAACCCCGGAACCUCCUCCCCCCUCCGAAUCAACACCACCACCAAUAACAACAACAACAACACCUUAACCAACGGCCUCGAGACCCCCCUCGGUCGUCCUCCUGCCUCCUCCAUGCCGCACCAUGACCCGCUUGGUAGAAAGCCGUCCGGACGCUCCAUCCCGGCCGAGCUGCAGAGACGCUCCCGUCACCACUCGCAAGGCUUCUUCGAGCCAUCCCUUCCGACCGCUUCUUCAUCCGAGGCCUCCCUGUCCGCCUCCAGGAUUGCAGCCCAGGCGGCUAUGCUGCACCAGCAGCAGCAGUCGACUGUGCAGCUGGUCGGAAAACGCCCACCGACUAAUCUAAACAGCCCGGAUGAUGGCUCGCGGAGCCGGAAUGGAGCCAGCGUCUCCCCGCCCCCGCCCCCGCCCCCGCUGCUGCCCUCGACGAGUGCAGUGCCUUCGCUACCGCUCCCAGGCUCGGGGGGGAUCGCUGCCGCUCAGCAGCAGAGCAGUGCCAGUAAUGGGUUCGUCGCGGGACAGGCGCACGCGGCCACGGCGGCGGCGAAUCUAGUGUUUUCGAGGACACCGGCGCUACCGCCCCCGGGGAUGGACCCGGGCUCGUCGGAAAAGGAGUACAAGCAGAAAGGGGAAAAGUCGAAGAUGAAGCUGUUUUCAAAGCCGAAGCAUAUCGGGAUCAGUCGCGAUAAGGACAGUGUCAAGGACCGCGGGCUGCCGUCGCCGAAUAAGCUUGGUGGUCUAACGCGGAUUGUCAGCGCGUCGACAACCAGCUUGGCCGACACGUUUCCCUCCAAUAACUCGUCCAUGUAUAACUUGUCUAAUGCCUCCGCCAGCACGGUUGUCCCGGCGGAGAAGCCGGUGCCGAAUGAAAAGGACAAGGACAAGGACAAGGAAAAAGCGCAUAAACACCAUUUCCUCUCCCGCCAGAAGUUGAAACUGAAGGAUAGAGACGACCAUUAUAAUCUGCCGUUGUCGUCUGCGUCGAGCAAUUCGAAGCCCUCGGAUCCCAAUGCGCCACAGUCGCUGUACUCUUUUACCCCGGCGUCCCCGAGCGCGACGACCACGACUUUUAGCAAGUCCGUGAGUGGAUUGGAUCUGCUGCACGGAGGCCGAGCGCUGCGCGAGAAAAAGAAGGAAGAGAAAGCGCUGGCGGAGUCGGAGCAGCUGGAAUGGCUGGCGAAUUCCACCGUCGCCGGGGGCGCAUCGGCCGCGUUUGCAGGGCCGUCGUCGCUCGGGAGCACCGGGGGGUUAAUGCCUGAAGCUGCUUUACGAGAGACUCUCCAGGGCUUUGGCCUCAACAAUAUGAGUCCCGAAGAUGCCUGGGACUUCUUAAAGGCCAAACUGCUGGUGAUCUUUGAUGGAGAAGACGUGCGCAUUGCAAUCGAAGACCUCAACAAGUUGGUCCAGAUCCACAUCCAGCGCUGCGUGCAGAAACGGACGCCGACGGUCAUUGUCGACGACCUGCGAGAGCUGCUGGAGGCCGGGUUCGCGACCUUGAACCAUACGCUGAAUGGCGUUCCCGAUGAGAAGCUGGUUCCGCAUCUGGUGCAAAUCUGGAUGCUGGUGUUUGGGACCAUUCUCCCCUUCAUUCAAGCGGUGUUCCUACCUCUCGACCUCGAGUUUAAAGGAUGCGGGUCCGUGAUGAACCCGCGAGAGGCCCGCGAGUUUUGGAGUAUACCGCUGGAGGAUGAGUAUUCGGGCUGUGAGCUUGAGGUACGAAAUCUGGUUCUGGUGGCCUUCCGUGAUAUGGUUAUCCUCCGGCGCUACGACGGCCUGAAAGCUACAUUCUCGCGACUCAGCCUCGACAAUAUCAAACUCGGCACCUCCGCUCUCAGCGUGACAACCAAGAGUAGCAGCAACAGCGGACGCCCGGCAACGGCGGCCUCUCUUGACGGUGGCUUUGGCAGCUACAGCUCGCAGUCCUCGACGCUGCUGAACACAGCCGGCAGCUACUCCUCCGAGUCAAUGGGCUGCUACAACCGGAGCCGGGCAGCGUCCAACACCUCCUCCAAUCCCGAUCAGCUCAUCUUCCAGUCGUUUUCCUCGCCCUCGCAACAACGACCCACCAUUAUGCACCGCUCCGCCAGCGCAGCCGAUACGUCGCACGUCAUCACCGAGACUGUUGGCCGCAUGCUGCAAUGCGUGAGCGUGCUCGCCAGCGUACAAACCAGCGACGACGCGCAGGACAAGAUCGAGACUCUCAGCAAAGACCUGAAGCACAACUGGCUUGGACGGGGACGGACAGGACGCGAUCGACGGGGUUUCGUAGGGACCAAGAUCCGCGCGCCGAUUGUUGUACCGACGGAGAAUGACGAUUGCAUGACUGAUACUAUAAACGAAUUGAACUUUCAUAUACAAAAUGGGCGUCAGGAACUGUUUCUAUGA